GGUGGGUCCUCGUCAGCCUGGCCGCUGGGCUGCAAUAAAAAAAUCUGUGAUGGUCCGCCUCCGAUUUCUUUUUCCCUCUCUUCUCCUCUCGGGAAGAAGCGUCACAUCAAUCCUGGCAGUCGAUUAAGUUAUUUGCGAUCAGGUCAUCUCCUCUUACACGACGAUCUCUUGUCGACUGUUCAGCCUUCAACCUCACAAACCCAACCCCCUCCACUCCUUGUCAAGAUGACUCCCGUCAAUGGCGUCUCCAAGGCCCUGGACCACACCAAGGCCCUCGAGGUCUUGAAGGAGUACGAGAUGUCGGACGGUCUCGACCUCCACCAGCUCAUGGACACCACUAAGCACGGUGGCCUGACCUACAAUGACUUCCUGCUCAUGCCUGGCUACAUUGGCUUCCCUGCCUCCGAGGUCGUCCUUGACUCGCCCGUGACAAAGCGCAUCACCCUCAAGACGCCCUUUGUCUCGAGCCCCAUGGACACCGUCACCGAGCACGAGAUGGCCAUCUCCAUGGCCCUCCAGGGUGGUCUGGGUGUCAUCCACCACAACUGCUCCCCCGAGGCGCAGGCCGACAUGGUCCGCAAGGUCAAGCGCUACGAGAACGGCUUCAUCCUCGACCCCGUUGUCAUUGACCGCAACACCACCGUCGGUGAGGCCCGCGCCCUCAAGGAGAAGUGGGGUUUUGGUGGUUUCCCCGUCACUGAGGACGGCAAGCUUGGCUCCAAGCUGCUCGGUAUCGUGACGAACCGCGACCUCCAGUUCGAGGACGAUGACAGCGCCUCCAUCUCGACCGUCAUGGUGACCGACCUCACCACCGCCUCGGACGGCGUCGAGCUCGCCGAGGCCAACCGCAUCCUCGCCAAGUCCAAGAAGGGCAAGCUGCCCAUUGUCGACAAGGCCGGCAACCUCGUCUCCAUGAUCUCCCGCUCCGACUUGACCAAGAACCAGCACUUCCCGCUCGCCUCCAAGCUGCCCGACAGCAAGCAGCUCCUGUGCGCCGCCGCCAUCGGCACGCGCCCCGAGGACAAGCUCCGCCUGAAGAAGCUCGUCGACGCCGGCCUCGACGUCGUCAUCCUCGACAGCUCCCAGGGCAACAGCAUGUACCAGAUCGAGAUGAUCAAGUGGAUCAAGAAUGAGUUCCCCGGUCUCGACGUGAUUGGCGGAAACGUCGUCACGCGCGAGCAGGCUGCCUCGCUCAUCGCCGCCGGCGUGGACGGUCUGCGCAUCGGCAUGGGCAGCGGCUCCGCCUGCAUCACCCAGGAGGUCAUGGCCGUCGGCCGUCCUCAGGCCGCGGCCGUGUACAGCGUCAGCUCGUUCGCCGCCCGCUUCGGUGUCCCCACCAUCGCCGACGGUGGCGUCCAGAACGUCGGCCACAUUGUCAAGGGUCUGUCCCUCGGCGCCUCGACCGUCAUGAUGGGCGGUCUCCUGGCCGGCACCACUGAGUCCCCUGGCACCUCCUUCGUGUCCCGCGAGGGCAAGCUGGUCAAGGCCUACCGCGGCAUGGGCAGCAUCGACGCCAUGCAGGACAAGAAGGCCGGCGGUGGCGGCAAGGACAGCCAGCAGAGCAACGCCGGCACCGCCCGCUACUUCUCCGAGGGCGACAGCGUCCUCGUCGCCCAGGGCGUGUCGGGCUCCGUCGCGCACAGGGGCUCGAUCAACAAGUUCGUCCCCUACCUCGCUGCCGGUCUCAAGCACUCCUUGCAGGACUGCGGCAUGACCAGCCUGACCACCCUGCACGAGUGCGCGGCCAACGGCACUCUCCGCUUCGAGCUCCGCACGUCGAGCGCCCAGAUGGAGGGCAACGUCAACAUGGAGGCCUACGAGAAGAAGCUUUACGCGUAACGAAUGAAAGAAGGGAGGUAUUUAAAUAACGGAGUACAAAAACGAAAGAAACAAUAUAUCUGGCAAGGAUGGGACAUGAUUGACACGGCUCGGAGUUCUGGGAAUAUAUCGUAUAGUGGCAGCAGUUGCUUGCCUGCAGAUCUCAGAAGAAGACUAGUUCGAAGCAUCUGGAUCAAUGAAAUCACCUCGUGAAUGAGGGAUUGACAAUCG